CUUUUUAACAUUACAGAUGAUAAUAUCCAAGGUUUGAGUCAGUUCUAUUAUACUUUUUUUACCCAGCUGGAAUUUCAAAAGCAGUAUUUUUACCAAGAGGUUUAAAUGCGGAUUUUUCUGGAAAACACCUUUGAAGAUUACGUUACACGCUAUCUUCACCCCCUGGGGGUUUGAGUCUAACAACAAUUUGCGUAAAACUACAGUUAUCUUAUUAUCGUUCUCACUGGUGCGGAAACGCGACUGUUCAUACGGAGACUCGAAAAUGUCCGGUAUUGUUUUCAGUUUACUAGUCCUAGUUUGCUGCUCUCCAGUCCUGGCACUGGAGCUUUUUGAGCAGUGGAAUGUGGCCAGCGAGCACAACUACCACAGGGCCAAUGUUCAGCCAAGUGCUGCAGAUAUGCUCUUUAUGACGUGGUACGAAACUGCCGAAAUGAACGCACAAUUGCUGGCCAGCGAAUGCAAAAGGUCAAAAAGCGACCCACUGAAGGACAGGGAGUUUGGAAAUUGCAGCCAGAAUAUUUUUAUCUCGCCUGAACUUUUGUCAUGGAACGAGGUGAUAGACACCUGGGCCUCUGGGAUAUUGUACUUCACAUACGGUUCGGCGCAAAACAAUGUCUCCAAGAUCAGGAGCUACGCAAAAAUUAUUUGGGCACAAAGUCAUAAAUUGGGCUGUGGCUUUGAACAGUGCGAAGAUGAGAACGGAAUCUUCCAUAAAUAUGUUUGCAACUACUGUCCAGGUUUGGUCAUUGGCAAAAUCAACACUCCGUACCAGCGCGGAAAAUCUUGCUCAGCAUGCACGGGAAUAUGUUUGGUCAAUGGACUUUGCGCACCUAUAUUUCGAAACAAAAAUGCAAAAAAUGAUGGGUCCGUUACAACUACUACUUCCGAGCCUCUCAGUUAUCUGGUAAAUGGCACUAGUGCUAUUUUGUCUGAUGUGGUCACGCUAACAACACAACUACCACCAAUUGCGAUUAAUUCACUGGAGCACAAUCAAAAUUUAGUUUCCUUCUACAGUUCAAAUAAUGCUAUGCUUAGUCAAAGUGUUCCAAAAAAAGAAGCCCCGACACAAAAUUUUGAAAUUUCAAAUUUCACGAAUGAGUCGGAGGCAUCUGCUAAUAAUGUUUCAACGAAGACGCAGCAUCUGACACAUUACUCAAAGGUCAACGUCAGAAGCUCACAAUCAGAAGCAACUGCAAGUACAUUAUUCCAAAGUACUGCAAAGGGAAAAUCAGCAAAUUCUGUUGGGUUUUCUCAAAAUGCUGAAGUAUAUUGGGUUUUCAUAAUUUUUGCAUGUGGCAUUCUAGUCAUAUAAUGAAUAUAUAAUAUGCAAUUUAUGUAAAUGCUUUAUACAAGAUUUGUUUUUGUCCUGUUAUCUCUGGAGAAAAUUAAUAAAGCCUAAGUUUUUAAAUACAAUAUUCUUAAAAAUUAUUUCAAAACGAAAAAGCAGUUACGGAUAUGAAAAUUGAAGCAAAGGGAAGUGGCACUUCCGUUCAUCGUAUUCCCAUUCCACGUGCUGUGUGGAAAAGUUGUUGCAGUGUGCGCUCGAGUAUUGCGAUGCCAUUUUCACCAUGUGGCUAGAUAAAGUGUAUCUUUUGUUAGAAUUUAUAAUUUUUGCGUUUGGAACCAUUGACUGCCUCAAACUAAAAGCGAAAGUGGAGAUCGUCCGAAGCCACAAUAAGUAUAGAGCAGGCGUAAAACCUGAAGCAGCUGACAUGUUGAAUAUGACGUGGUAUGAGCCUGCGAGCCGAACGGCCCAAAGUUGGGCCAGCCAGUGCAAAAGAUUGCAGCACGACGAUAACUCAAACAGAGUUGACAGUAAAUUGGGCGCCUGUGGCCAAAAUAUUUUCAUUGCAUCCGCAGCAAUGGGAUGGCCAAUGGCGGUGAAAGCAUGGUACUCAGAGGUGUCUAAAUUCACGUACGGCUCGUCGAGCAACGUGUUUCACGAGAUCGGCCACUACACGCAGCUGGUGUGGGCAAAGACGUACAAGGUGGGCUGUGGCUUGGCCAAGUGCAGCGACAACAAAGGCACCUUCUACAACUACAUUUGUAACUACUGCCCUGCGGGUAAUAUGCAGGGAUCAAUCAAUACGCCUUACCAAAAAGGAAGCAAGUGCUCAGCGUGUCCAGGCAGCUGCCUUCCAAAUGGAUUGUGCGUCAAAAAAUAAUAUUUUUGAAAUCCACAUCAAAUCUUCUGUUACUAUUUGAAGUUUCUUGUAAUGCAAAAAAAAUAAAAUGCUGUCUUCAGUGGUAUAUUUUAAUUAA